GCGUUAAGAUCGUCUUUCAAACGAAAGAAAAGUGAAAACGACUAAAGUGAGCCAAACCAAAAAAUCGUUUUUAAAAACCUGGUUAACUUCUUUAAGAAAGCGUUAAAUAUACAAAGCCAACAUGCAUAGAGCCAAUACAGCCUUCAAUUUGGCUUUAUCGCCAAUUGCACAUAAGAGCUUUGCUACCUGGCUGUUGAAGGGCAGUAACAAGAAGGUUGUGCAUAAUGCUAUGGCCGCCGCUGCUUUACGUUGUUACAACUCCGCUGCAGCCGAACCCUUUGCAAAUGGCACCACAGCUUCUUAUGUGGAAGAGAUGUACAAUGCCUGGUUAAGAGAUCCAACCUCUGUACACACUUCUUGGGAUGCCUAUUUCCGCAACAACACCUAUUGCGGUCCCCCAAAUCUCGCUCCACAACAAUAUAACUCAUUGCCCGUGUCGGCUUAUGCUGGUAUGGCUGGUGUAGGUGGUGCCGCACCAGACUCAAAGACCAUUGACGAUCAUUUGGCUGUGCAGGCUAUUAUCAGAAGCUACCAGGCACGUGGUCAUUUGGCUUCGGAAUUGGAUCCCUUGGGAAUUCUUACAGUAGAAAAGAUCCGGAAAGAUGGUCUUACACGUCGUGCUAAUGAAGAUGUUUUACGCCAACAUUCUGACUUUUUGUUUGGCGAACAAGACAUGGAAAGGCAAUUCAAAUUGCCCAGCACCACUUUCAUUGGUGGCGAUGAAAAACAAUUGCCUUUGAGGGAAAUUUUGAAUCGCUUGGAAAAUGUCUACUGCAACAAGAUUGGUGUUGAAUUCAUGUUCAUCAAUUCCUUGGAGCAAUGCAACUGGAUCCGCAAGCAAUUCGAGACUCCUGGAGUUAUGAAUUUCUCGCCCGAGAAGAAACGUUUGAUUUUGGCUCGUUUGACUCGUGCCACAGGUUUUGAAGGUUUCUUGGCCAAGAAAUACUCUUCGGAGAAACGUUUCGGCCUUGAGGGCUGCGAAAUGUUGAUUCCUGCCUUGAAGGAAUUGAUUGAUGCCUCCACCGAGUUGGGCGUUGAAUCUGUCAUCAUGGGCAUGCCUCAUCGUGGUCGUUUGAAUACUUUGGCUAAUGUCUGCCGCAAGCCUUUGAAUCAAAUCUUUACUCAGUUUGCUGGUCUGGAAGCUGCCGAUGAUGGCUCUGGUGAUGUGAAAUACCAUUUGGGUACCUACAUUGAACGUUUGAACCGUGUCACAAACAAGAACAUUCGCUUGGCUGUUGUCGCCAAUCCCUCUCACUUGGAGGCUGUUGACCCUGUGGUCCAAGGUAAAACUCGUGCCGAGCAAUUCUAUCGUGGCGAUCAGGAAGGCAAAAAGGUCAUGUCUAUUUUGAUUCAUGGUGAUGCUGCCUUCUGCGGCCAGGGUGUGGUCUAUGAGACCAUGCACUUGUCCGAUUUGCCCGACUACACCACCCAUGGCACCAUUCAUGUUGUGGCCAAUAACCAAAUUGGCUUCACCACCGAUCCUCGUUUCUCGCGCUCAUCUCCCUACUGUACCGAUGUGGCUCGUGUUGUGAAUGCUCCCAUUUUCCAUGUCAAUGCUGAUGAUCCCGAGGCUGUGGUGCAUGUGUGCCGUGUUGCCGCCGAAUGGCGCAAUACCUUCCACAAGGAUGUUGUCAUCGAUUUGGUGGGCUAUCGUCGCAAUGGUCACAAUGAAAUUGAUGAGCCCAUGUUUACCCAACCUCUUAUGUACCAAAAGAUCAGGAAGCACAAGAACUGCUUGGACAUCUAUGCCGAUAGGCUGAUUGCCGAGGGCACCUGCACCUCUGAGGAAGUCAAGUCGGUGGCUGAUAAAUAUGAAAAGAUUUGUGAAGAAGCCUUUGAAUUGGCCAAGACCGAGACACACAUUAAAUACAAGGAUUGGUUGGAUUCCCCCUGGUCUGGUUUCUUUGAGGGCAAGGAUCCCCUGAAGGUCUCACCCACUGGCGUGAAGGAAGAAACUUUGGUGCAUAUUGGCAACAGAUUCUCGGCUCCUCCACCAAAUGCUGCUGAAUUUGUUAUUCACAAGGGUCUCAUUCGUGUCUUGAAUGCCCGCAAGGCCAUGGUUGAAGAACGCGUCGCUGAUUGGGCUCUUGGUGAAGCCAUGGCCUUUGGUUCCCUGCUUAAGGAGGGCAUACAUGUACGUCUCUCCGGUCAAGAUGUUGAACGUGGCACCUUCUCUCACCGUCAUCAUGUCUUGCACCAUCAGUUGGUGGACAAGGCCACCUAUAAUGCUCUGCAACACUUGUAUCCCGAUCAGGCUCCCUACUCCGUCUCGAACAGUUCCUUGUCCGAAUAUGCUGUGCUUGGCUUCGAACACGGCUACUCCAUGACCAAUCCCAAUGCUUUGGUCUUGUGGGAAGCCCAAUUCGGUGAUUUCUCCAACACAGCCCAAUGUAUUAUUGAUCAGUUCAUUUCCAGCGGCCAAGCCAAAUGGGUGCGUCAAUCUGGUUUGGUUAUGCUGUUGCCCCAUGGCAUGGAAGGUAUGGGCCCCGAGCAUUCGUCAUGCCGCGUUGAACGUUUCUUGCAAAUGUCCUCGGACGAUCCCGAUUAUUUCCCUCCCGAAUCUGAUGAGUUUGCCAUUAGGCAAUUGCAUGACAUCAACUGGAUUGUGGCCAAUUGCACAACACCCGCUAAUUUGUUCCACAUUUUGCGUCGUCAAAUCGCCAUGCCUUUCCGCAAGCCAUUGAUUCUGCUCACCCCCAAAUCUCUGUUGCGUCACCCAGAAGCCAAGUCACCAUUCAGCGAAAUGUCAGAGGGCAGUGAAUUCCAACGUAUUAUCCCCGACAAGGUGACCGCCGAAAACCCCAGUGCUGUCAAGAGGAUUGUCUUCUGUACUGGCCGUGUCUACUACGAUCUGACCAAGGCCCGCAAGGACAAGGGUUUGGAAAAGGAAAUUGCCAUUGUUCGUGUUGAGCAAGUUUCUCCCUUCCCCUUCGAUUUGAUUAAGGAACAAGCCAAUCUCUAUAAGGAUGCCGAAUUAGUGUGGGCCCAAGAAGAACACAAAAACCAAGGUUGCUGGUCCUAUGUCCAGCCACGUUUCUUGACCGCCCUCAGCAAUAGCAGAGAUGUUAGCCCCAGUGAUGCUACUUCCUCUACCUCCACUACCACUACUACUACUACUACCACUACCACUGCUAACGAAUCCGAUUCUGAUUCGGAUAAAGAUUCCAAAUCGAAACCUUGGCUUAGUCGCAUGUUUUCAUCCGGCGGCAGCGACAAUACCGCUGAUGGAAACAAACAACAGCAGACAGGCGAAUUUAAUGCCUCCAAGCAUUUCGAUUUGAAAAACGUGCGCCAAGAUUUUAAUAGACCCCCUGGUACUGGUGCGGCACCUGGUGUGCGUAUUUCUAAAACUGGACGCAAAAUUAGCUAUGCUGGACGUCCUUGUGGUGCUUCAACCGCUACCGGUUCCAAGGCUCAACAUAUACGUGAAUUGAAUGCCUUGUUGAAUGAUGCCAUUCAUGUCUAAGGUUAAUGCGAAUAAGCUGAGUGUGUCUCCUCAUCCCCCCCCCCAAACCACUGGCUUUUGAUGGGACAUCAUCGUCGUAUAUAUUAAAAAAUAUAUAAAUAAUUUAUAUAUAGAAAAAAAAAAAAACAAAAGUACUUUCAACAUUUUUCUAGUGACAUAUUAAGUGAUGGAUGGCUAUGAACAACAACAACAAAACAUCCAUACUUCUUCUAACAACAACAACAACAAAAAAGAUGAUAUUUUUUUGAUUGAUUUAUUUAUUAUUUCCUAACGAUUUUAACCAUAGAGUAUGACAAGUGUUAUAUAUGAAAACUAUUUGAACGAUCAAGUAGCUUGCAAAAAGCCACAACAAACCCCCAAUUCAGUCAAAUCGUAACUUUAUUAAGAACUAAAAGUUAAAACAAAACCACAACUUUAAUGAACUAUUAGACAAUUUGUGAAAGAAAAUAAAUACGGAAAAGUGAAAUGGAAGAAGUUUAGAUAGCUAAACAAAACUCUUCUUCUAUCGUAAAAACAAAAACAAAAAACAAAAAAGAUAAUCUCUUUAAGUUUCAAAACAAAAAUCAAAUUCUAGUACACUAUGUAAAGCGAAUAUACAAAAACAA